AGAUAAUCUUCAUAGUUCACAUCUAGCUCUAAAAUUCUGUGAUUCUCUACAAAAAUCCUCUUUCAAACAAGAAGGAAUCUGAAGAGCUGAGGUUCAGUGACUUGAUCAGUGUCACCCAAAUAGUUAGCAGGACAACCAGGAUUAGAACCCAAGUCUCUCAGCUGGUGUCACUCAGAUCGUUAGCAGGACAAAUAGGACUAGAACCCAAGUCUCUUGGCUGUCAGCCUAUGCUAUCUAUGUAACAAAAAAUGAAAGCUAACUUCAUAGGCAAAAUUAAGAAGCCUUUAAUUAUGAAUUUACUGCAAAGAAAAAAUUCUUUUUCUCAUAACAGAUUAGAUCAGAAAAAUGGAUUACAGAAAUCAAACUUUGGUGGUUGAAUUUUUUUUCACAGGCUUAACAAAUCACUUCCACCUCCAGGUUCUUCUCUUCCUCGUAUUUCUUUUUGUUUAUCUUGUCACUCUUCUGGGAAACUUGGGGAUGAUCACCCUCAUUUGGAUGGAUUCCAGACUCCACACUCCCAUGUACUUUUUCCUCAGCCACUUGUCCUUUGUGGAUGUCUGCUCCUCUUCUGCCAUUGGUCCCAAGAUGCUGACUGAUAUCUUUGUGGAGAAAAAAAUAAUUUCUUUCUUUGGUUGUGCUGCUCAAAUAUGGUUUUCUGGUCAGUUUGUAGUGACCGAAUGUUUCCUCUUGGCUUCCAUGGCAUAUGACCGAUAUACCGCCAUCAGUAAGCCCUUGUUGUACACACUCAUUAUGUCCCAAAGGGUCUGUGUACAGCUAGUGGUAGGACCUUAUGCUGUGGGUCUUAUAAGCACCAUGACUCACACAGCUUUUACCUUUUGCCUACCGUACUGUGGUUCAAAUACCAUCAAUCACUUCUUCUGUGACCUUCUUCCUGUUCUCUCCCUGGCAUGUGCAGACACCCAGGUCAAUAAAAAUUUACUUUUCAUCUUGGCUGGAGCCCUAGGAGUACUCAGUGGUGUGAUCAUCUUUGUCUCCUAUAUUUACAUCAUCACUGCCAUCCUGAAGAUUGGCUCUGCUGAUGGAAGGCACAAAGCCUUCUCUACCUGCUCAUCACAUCUGAUGGUUGUCUCCAUCCUCUAUGGGACACUCUUCUUUAUCUAUGUAUGUCCCAGUUCUAGUUUCUCCCUGGACGUCAGUAAGGUGGUGUCAUUGUUCUACACAGUAGUGACCCCCAUGUUGAACCCACUUAUCUACAGCCUGAGAAACAAGGAGGUAAAAGAUUCAUUCAGAAGGACAUUUGAAAGGAAGAAGUUUCCGAUACGUAGGUAA